GCUCGAAAGAAAGAGACUGACACAUAGUGACAUCCGCCUCACACAUGCUUUGUGAAAGAAUUACAUACAUGAUUAUUUUACAUUAUGAUACAUCUGGAGAAAUUUUUUAUUUUGAAGCGGUAGUUUAAAAUGAAAUAGUUGUAUCGAUUUUGUCUUCAGUAAAUUGCAGAGGAAUAUCACACAAAUGUUUCAAGAUUUUAGUGUACGCAAGAACCAACGUCAUAAUGUCUCUUGUUGAUCUUGGUAAAAAGCUGUUGGAAGCUUCCCGGCAAGGUCUUGAGGAAGAAGUGAAAGUCCUCAUGGCAAAUGGUGCUCCAUUCACUACUGACUGGCUUGGAACUUCGCCGCUACAUCUUGCUGCACAUGCUGGUCAUGUUUCUACUGCGGAAGUACUUCUGAAGGCAGGAGUUAGUCGAGAUGCUAGGACUAAAGUAGACAGAACACCACUUCAUUUAUCUGCUCAGGAGGGACACAACGAACUUGUCCAGUUACUUAUUCAGCAUGGUGCUGAUGUCAAUGCUAAAGAUAUGUUGAAAAUGACGCCUUUACACUGGGCAGUAGAGCGGCUACAUCCAGGCGUUGUCAAGUUAUUGCUGGAGAAUGGUGCUGAUUACAAACUCAUUAAUAAAUUUGAUAAGUCACCGAUUGACAUUGCCCUGGAGCACCGUACCCCACCCAUCAUUCGCUUAUUUGAGGCAGCUCAAUCAGCUCAGGGGAUUACUGAUGUUGCUGAUGAGGAAGUACCAUGUAUACAUAUAUCAACAGCUGAUUCUACUUCAUCAUUCAGCUUUACCCCUACUCCAGCAGCAACUGCUUUACAGAGCUUUGUCACAGCAGCUGCAAAGGCCAAGUUAAAGGAAGAUCAGAAAGUUUCUACUGCAGUAACUACAUCAACAAGUUCAACAUGUACCUCUGUGUUGGCUACAUUAGCAGCAUUGGCUGAAGCAUCCACACCCCUCAAUAAGACAGGAUCAGUUAACAGAAGAAGUAACUCAUUGUACGGUAAGAGUGGCACAACAUUGCAGACAUUUACAUUGACUGAAGCAGGAAAGCUGGCACUUAAUUGGAAGAAAUCAAACAGUAAUGAAGAAAAGACUCGGUUCAUUGAUUCUUCUGACUCAUCUCAAACUAUUACAAUUGUUCAACCUAGUGAGGGACAAGCUUACAUGACAUCUAGGCCUCACAGUGUUGGUUCAUUACAACCUAGUCAAGUCAGUGGGAGUGAUUCAUCACAAGCUAGGCUUCAGCUUGUUGCUGACCAAAUACAGAAAACCAAGACAAACAACCCAGAUGAUAAAAUGCAACAAAGGCUACAAGCGGCUCAACAUCAAGCUGAAAUGUAUAAACAGCAACUUCGUGCUAAAGAAGAAGAAGCAGAAAACUACCGCAAAAAAUUGCAAGAGAUAUCUGAGACGAAACAUGCACAGAACACAUAACCAAAGUAUUUGUCUCAUGACAUUGAAGAUUAUAUGACAACCUUUAUAAAGUUAGGACUGAAUUACAGAGCAAUAGACUCUUACUGAAUCUGUGGAGUGGUAAGACUGAAAGAUUAGACGAUUUGCACCUUUCUGCCAUCUUCCUUUCUACCAGGGGAAUAAAAAUAGGUACAUGCACUGAUGAGAUUUUUUGUUUACCUCAGUGCUUUAUAUAGUUUGUAAGGUUCCUCAUUUAGGUUUUCCUGUGAACAAAUGGCAGUGGUGCGAGACCAAAUAAUGGGUCUAACAAAAGCAGAAGUAUAUAUUCUCCCUAAUGUAAAGUAACCUGCUCUUCCAUUACCAAGUACAUUGUAUGAGCAUAAAGUGUCAUUUAUAAAUACCUAAGACAGUUUAUCCAUUCUAAUUGGUCGAGAGGGCAUCAUGUGGGGUGUUUAAAAAGAUGAUGUAUCACCAGUAAAAAGUGUUUAAACAUGGGCGUGUCACGCGAGCUUGCACCUGUGCUUAUCAGACAGUUUAUUCAUUCCUAUUGGUCGAGAGCAACUGCUGGAACAGUUGUGCCACAUCACGCGAUAGGCGCAUGCGAGCUCCUUAUAAGGAUUUGUUUACCAGAGGGCCUUACCAUUUCAUAGCUGGAGGGGUGUUGUGUUAAAAGAAAUCAUUGAACAAUUAUAAUUUUUGCA